AUGUUCGUCCAACUGCGUGGUGUGGUGUGCCUGUUGGUACUCCUGCACUGUUGUGUGUGUGUGGUCACCGGAGAGGUGGCCGAGGUAGAACCAGUGGAAUGUACGGACGGCGAGUUCAUGUACACGGAGAGGUCUUUGAAUGGGUCUUUGAUGGGGGCAGAUGAAAUACUAGCCGACGGAAAGACAUGUUUGGAAGUGUGGAAAGCCGAGGCGGAUGAAUGCAAUAAAAAUGCAGACGGCGUUAGUGCUGAUGCGGCUAGCAUCGACGAACUUGUGAGACAAAUCAAGGAAAAAAAAAAAGAGGAGGUGAUGUGCGAGGAGGUGAAGAAGAUAUUACAACGAUACAAUGAAUCCGUUGAGAAGUCAGCGAAAAUUGCGGAAUUGACGCGCAAUACAAAGGUUGUAUGUGAAUCCUCUGCUGUCGGUAACUUGCAGAAUAGGGUCGAGUCUAUCGGAAAGAGAUUGGAGGUCUAUAGGGGGUACGUUUUUGACGAUAGCGAUUACACGAAAUGCAGGAGGGAUUGGAGAACAAGUCGAGUGACGGAAAUCGAGGUGAAGUAUAAACUGAUGAACGACGUCAAAGCACAGAUGGACGAUGUGCGGGCAAAAACGCAACUUUGCAGGGUAAAGAGUUAUGUGCAAUCGCCAAAUGAUGUGAUGAAGGGGGCGAUUGCGGAUUACAAUAGGGUGUGCGAGACGGACGUCGAUAUCAAGUAUCUGAAACAGGUUCCCAGUGUUGAGAAGAUAACCAAAGACGGGGGGACGGUUCAGAGUACCCCGGAUACCAGGACGAAAGUGGUUGGCGCCAUAAAGUUUUCAAACGGUACGACUGUGAAGGAGGUACGUGAAGGAGAAAUCGACCAAGAAACAGAAGUAAAGAAUGAGACGUUCUUGGUGGAUGUGAAUGGGGGGGCGCCUCGAAUUUCGCAGAAGAACAUCCAGGAAAUCGAGAGGAAGUUCAAGGAAUUAAGACCAAAGGUGGGUGAGGAGUUGAAACGGGAGGAGGGAAAAAGAUUGGCUGAGGAAAGGAUGCGGCUGGAGAGACUGGCCGAAGAAGAAAGAAAGAGACAAGAGAAACUGGCCGAAGAAGAUAGAAAGAGACAAGUGAAACUGGUCGAAGAAGAAAGGAAGAAACAAGAAAAACUGGCUGAGGAAGAAAGAAGGAAGCGGGAUAAACAGGACGAAGAAGAAAGGAAGAAGCAAGAGAAACUGGCUGAGGAAGAAAAAGCUAAACAGGAGUUGGAAAGAAAGGCAAAGGAAGAGGUGGAACGUGCGAAAAAGGCCAAGAAGAAAGACAGCAGCCUCAGUCCUGCAUUGGAGCACAGUCCCUUAUUGCUGCUGCUGCUGUCUGUAUUGGGUUGCACUCUCGUGUGCUGA